AUGAACAUUGUUCGUGUUCUUUUGUCUAUUGUUGUGAAUUGUGGUAAUAAUUCUGAUGAGAUUCUGUCACUCAAGAAGGCUCUACAUGAUUCAUUUGCUAUUAAAGAUCUUGGCAACUUAAAGUAUUUCUUAGGCAUUGAAAUUGAUCAUUCAUCACAUGGUUUGUUCUUAAAUCAGCACAAAUAUGUUAUUGACCUGUUAGAAGAAACAGAAAUGACAGACUGCAAGCCUGCAAAAACUCCAUUAAGCAGCAAAAUUGAUUGGACACCCAAGCUCCUGCUCUUCACAAUUCAAUUCAUGCAUUCUCCCAACUCAUACCAUCUUGGCAUUGUCAAACGUAUCCUGCGCUAUCUCAAAGGUUCACUCAGUAGAGGCAUUGCAAUGCAGAAGAAUGAUCAUUUUCAAAUUGUUGGGUAUUCUGAUUCUGAUUGGGCAGGAAAUUCGUUGGAUAGGACGUCCACUACCAGGUACUGCACCUUUGUUGGUGGCAAUCUUGUUACUUGGAAGAGUAAGAAGCAGUCUGUUGUAGCAUGA